UUUUGGUUGAGAAUAUGCAAAUCCAAGGCCGAGUGGAAGACCCAGGCAGAACCAUCUCUCUCUCCCUCCGAGACAACUACAACCACUGGGUCAUACUGGACCCGGUCAGACAAAGGCUGUACCUCAACAGCACCGGCAGGGCCCUCGACCGAGACCCCCCGUCCUACAUCCAUUCCAUCGUUGUCCAGGUCCAGUGCACCAAUGAGCUGGUCGGGACCGUCAUUUUACACGAGGUGCGCAUUGUGGUGAGGGAUCGCAAUGACAACGCACCCCGAUUCCAGCAGCCUCGCUACUAUGUCGCCAUAAAUGAGUUGACCCCAGUUGGCACCACCAUCUUCUCCGGCUUCACUGGGAAUAAUGGAGCCCUGGACAUUGAUGACGGCCCUAACGGACAGAUUGAAUACAUCAUCCAGUACAACCCAACUGACCCGGCGGCCAACAGGACGUUUGACAUCCCUCUCACCCUCUCCGGCUCGGUGGUCCUGAGGGAGAGGCUCAACUACGAGGAAAUCACCCGCUACCUGGUUCUCAUCCAGGCCAAUGAUCGCGCCCCGUACCCCAACGAACGGCGCACUGCCACCACCACCCUGACUGUAGACGUGCUGGACGGGGAUGACCUGGGGCCUAUGUUCCUGCCCUGCUCUCUGGUCGACAACACACGUGACUGCAGCCCUCUCACCUACCGGGUCCACAUCCUGGAGCUCACUGACCCAAGCAAAGUGAACCCUGUCAACGUGACUCCCGUCAUUCAGGCUGUGGACCAGGACAGGAACAUCCAGCCUCCGUCACAGAGGCCAGGCAUCCUCUACUCCAUCCUCAUUGGCAAGCCUGAGACGUACGUCGACUUCUUCUCCCUGAACAGAACCACCGCCGAGCUGCAGCUCCUCAAACCGCUCAUCAGGGACCUGUACAACCAUCUGCAGAAAGGGUUCUACUUGAAACCAAAAGGGUUCUACCUGGAACCCAACAAGGGUUCUUCAAAUGGUUCUCCUAUGGGGACAGCCGAAGCAGAGCAGGAUAACGGCCACCCCCUGCCUGCAUUUGCUAACCUCCACAUCGAGGUUCUGGAUGAGAACAACCAGUCACCAUUCUUCCUGGAGGCCACAUACCAGGGCUUCAUCACCGAGUCAGCACCAGUGGGUACCACAGUGUUCACCGACGCCAGCCUCACCACCCCUCUGGGGAUCAACGUUCUGGACAACGACAUUGAGGAGACGAAAGAUCCCAUGCUGCAGAUAUCCUUGGACAACUACAACACAAUCUUCACAGUGACACCUUCGGGGAUUACCCGCUACCUGACACUGCUGAAGCCCGUGGACCGUGAAGAGCAGCACAGCUACACGUUCACACAAUUUAUGGUGGCUUCUGAUGGAGUUCAGGAGAGUACUCCAGUGGCCAUUAAUAUCACAGUGAUCGAUGCCAAUGACAACACACCAACCUUUCCGAACACCUCCUACAGUGUCAAUGUUUACACAGAUAUGCAGCCUGGGGAAACAAUAUUACAGCUGACGGCUCUGGAUGCUGACGGGGGUCCCAAUGGGCUUGUGACCUACAAGAUCCUGGCGGGGGAUCAAGGACACUUCAUCAUCAAUAACCGCUCGGGAGUGAUCACCGUGGUGCCUGGCGUCUCCCUGGCCGUGGGACGUUCCUACACGCUGACCGUGAAGGCUGUGGAUAGUGGUCCGGGGUCCCAGAGGAGGAGCUCCAUCACCACCGUGUACAUUGAGGUGCUCCCCCCCAACAACCAGAGCCCCCCACGCUUUCCCCGCUUCCUCUACAGCCUGGAGGUCAGCGAGGCCAUGAGGAUCGGAGCCACACUCCUCAGCCUGCAGCACAGUAUAGAGCCUAUGCCCCACCACUCCUCGGCCUAUGCCCCACCACUCCUCGGCCUAUGCCCCACCACUCCUCGGCCUAUGCCCCACCGCUCCUCGGCCUAUGCUCCACCACUCCGCGGCCUAUGCCCCACCACUCCGCGGCCUAUGCCCCACCACUCCGCGGCCUAUGCCCCACCGCUCCUCGGCCUAUGCUCCACCGCUCCGCGGCCUAUGCCCCCCACCAUGCCCCACCGCCUAUGGCCUAUGCCUAUGCCCCACCACUCCGCGGCCUAUGCCCCACCCGCGGCCUCGCCCCACCGCUCCUCGGCCUAUGCUCCACCGCUCCGCGGCCUAUGCCCCACCACUCCGCGGCCUAUGCCCCACCACUCCGCGGCCUAUGCCCCACCACUCCACGGCCUAUGCCCCACCACUCCACGGCCUAUGCCCCACCACUCCGUGGCUGCCUAUGAAAACACACCAAGGCCCAACGUUAACUUUAUUUCUCGCAACGUGCACAGCAACGUGCAGUUCAACGUGCAGAGCAACGUGAAGUUCAACGUGCAGUUCAACGUGCAGUUCAACGUGCAGUUCAACGUGCAGAGCAACGUGAAGUUCAACGUGAAGUUCAACGUGCAGUUCAACGUGCAGAGCAACGUGAAGUUCAACGUGCAGUUCAACGUGCAGAACAACGUGCAGAACAACGUGAAGUUCAACGUGCAGAACAACGUGAAGUUCAACGUGAAGUUCAACGUGCAGUUCAACGUGCAGUUCAACGUGCAGAACAACGUGAAGUUCAACGUGCAGUUCAACGUGCAGAACAAUGUGAAGUUCAACGUGCAGUUCAACGUGCAGAACAACGUGCAGAGCCUCCUGGGCCUCCAGCUUGUGUUCCCAUACCAGGGGCCACAGGGUUGCCAUCUGAUCACUCAUGUCUACCACGUGCACCACCAAGGUUCGGUGGUGCGACGGUUGAUUUUCCCAGGCUUCUUUAGCCACUUCCAGCGGUCCUCGGGGUCAUCUCCUAAAUCGUGGAUAGAUGGGAGCAUUCCCGCAAAACUGAAAGCGAGAACCACCGCAUUUAACCAGGGCAAGAAGACUGGGAAUUUGGAAGAAUACAAACAGUGUAGUUGUUCCCCCCGCAAAGAAAUCAAGCAUGCUGAACUUCGGUAUAGGGACAAAGCUGAGUCCCAGUUCAACAGCUCAGACACCAGAUGUAUGUGGCAGGGUCUACGGAUAAUCCCAGAUUAUAAAAGGAAAACCAGCCACGUUGCGGACACCGACAUUCUGUCGGGCUGUAUCACCGCCUGGUAUGGCAACUGCACCGCCCACAACCGCAAAGCUCUCCAGAGGGGGGUGCGGUCUGCCCAAUGCAUCACCAGGGGCAAAUUUCCCACCCUCCUGGACACCUACAGCACCCGAUGCCAUAGGAAGGCCAUCAAGGACAUCAACCACCCGAGCCACUGCCUGUUCGCCCCGCUAUCAUCCGGAAGGUACACAUCGACAACAGCCACAUUCGAAGCAGCGUUACCCAUGCAGAGCAAGGGAAACAACCACAGGCUCAGAACCUCCACGGCCACUGUGAAUAUUGUGGUCACUGAUGUCAACGAUAAUGACCCUGUCUUCGAUCCGCUCCUGCCCCAAAACCUAACCGUUACAGAGGAGGAGGCCAACUGUUUUGUGGGCCAAGUAAAGGCCACAGAUCCAGACACGGGGGUUAAUGGCCAGGUGUGCUACCGACUGGUCAAUCACGCCGACCUCUUCAGGAUCAACUCCAACGGCACCAUCUCCACCGCAGUGCCUCUGGACCGAGAGGUCAGGGGUCAGUAUGACCUCAUUGUGGAGGCGGAGGACGGAGCGGUGGAGGACCCCAGGAGGACCACGCUGACUCUGUCGGUGACUGUGCUGAAUGUGGAUGAUAACAGUCCAGUGUUCUCACAACCAUCCUAUACGGUCAAUCUGCCGGAGAAUAGUCCUAAGAACACAGUCAUCCUGCAGUUUACCGCCAAAGAUGCUGACCUGGAUUCCAACAUCACCUUCCGUAUCCGGACGCAGGAGGCCAGACAACUUUUUGCCGUCAACCCAGUGACUGGAGAGCUCUCUGUGCUGCAGACGCUAGACUUUGAGACCCUGGCAGCCUCGGACCAUACCUACACCUUCGUGGUGGAAGCUCUGGACAAUGAAGAGAGCAUGCCCCCAGGCCUGGCCACUGUCACUGUAAAGAUAAUGGAUAUGAAUGACUACUCUCCAGUGUUCAGCCAGAUGGUGUACAGGGGCAUGGUAGCUCCCAACGCAGUCAAGGGGACCGUGGUCGCCACGGUACAGGCAGAGGACCUAGACCCUCCUGGCACCCCUGCCAGCCGUGUGCGUUACAGACUGGACCUGAAUGAGGAACCUUACAGUGGCAGCAUCUUUGACGUGGAUGAAGUCACAGGCAGCGUCAUCACACGAGUCAACCUCAAUGAAGAGCCCAAUCUAGUGUUUAGCCUGGUUAUUGUUGCCUAUGACGACGGGGAGCCAAUGAAAGUCAACAAGACCCUGGUGGUUAUCACUGUCCUGCAACCCUCCAUCAUACCAGUUUUCACCCAGGAGGAAUACAGAUUUCCCCCUGUGAGUGAGAAGGCUAAGGUGGGGAAGCUGGUCGGUGUCAUAUUGGCUGCAGCUGUCAAUCAAACGAUCGUCUAUUCCAUAGCGGAGGGCAACGAGGGAGGUGUGUUCAGGCUCAACAACGACACCGGGGUGAUCUCAACGGCCAAGCCCCUGGACUAUGAGGCCAACGGCAGCUACAGCCUCAGAGUGGAGGCUGACUCCAUGGGGUUGGCCGAGUCCAACCUCCGAGCGCCCUCCAAGACUAACACAGCGAGGGUGUUCAUAGAUGUUCUGGAUGAGAAUGAUCACUCUCCUGUCUUUACCAAACCCUUGUACCUGGGAGGAGUGGCCGAGGACGCCAAGACAUUCACUUCCGUACUACAAGUCCAGGCCCUGGACAAGGACACAGGGAAUUACAGCUCCAUGCAGUACAGGCUCGUUAUCCCUCCCACCACCAACGGCAAGGACGGCUUUGUCAUCGAGCCCUACACCGGUGUCAUCAAGACUGCCAUUAUGUACAGGAACAUGCGCCGGUCUUACUUCAAGUUCGAAGUGGUCGCCACUGACAAUUACGGCCAGGGGGGACUGAGCAACAAGGCAGAGGUGGUGGUAUCCGUGGUGAAUCUGCUGGAUAUGCAGGUGGUGGUGUCCAACGUUGCUCCUACAGUGGUGGAACAGAACAAGGACAAGCUCCUCGGGGUCCUGGAGCGCUAUGUGCAGGACCAGAUUCCAGGGGCCAAAGUGGUGGUGGAGUCCAUAGGACCGCGGCGGUUUGGCGACGGCUUCGAGCAAGAGGACUACUCCAAGUCCGACCUGAUGGUGUAUGCUGUUGACCCUCUGACCAACAGGGCCAUUUCACGCCAAGAGCUGUUCAAGUUUCUGGACGGGAAGCUGCUGGACAUCAACAAGGAGUUCCAGCCGUACCUGGGCCGAGGAGGGAGGAUCCUGGAGAUACGCUCCCCUGACGUGGUGACCAGCGUGAAGAAGGCCAUGCAGACCGUGGGCUACACAGAGGGGGCGCUGCUCGCCCUCGCCGUCAUCAUCAUCCUCUGCUGCAUCCCCGCCAUCCUCAUCGUCAUCAUCACCUACAGGCAGAGACAGGCGGAGUGUGCUAAAACUGCCCGGAUACAAAUGACCCUCCCUACUGGCAAAUCAGUGGUUGCUGCCACCAACAACCUGUAUGAAGAGCUGGGGGACAACACCAUGCGCGGGUAUGGACAUCAUGAGCAACAUCAGUUGCUCAGGCCCUCUCUUCUGAGACCGGAGGAGCUCUCUAUUGAGUCUGGUAUCGAUCCUGGCCAGGACUAUUACACCCAGGAUUAUUAUAAUUGUGACCAUGGGUAUGAGCUGCCUCAGUAUGGCAGUCGCAGGAAGUUGAUAUCUCCGACAGGCUUGUAUGAUGAGUACGGAGAGGUGAUUGUGGAAGACGAUGGGAGCUACUACUAUUGCAGUCCACAGGAGUCGGAUGGAGAGGUGGCCAUGCGUGGUGGGAGGAGGCCAUCUAGGUGGGGCAGAGGACCACCCCGAAGCCCCCUCAGUGGCCCCCCCAACAGGUACUUGGAGAUCUGCAGUCCCCCCGUCCCAGGCCAGUGCAGGAACCACCACCAGCACUGCUGCUACUGCAGACUCCCUUGGCCCCACCACUCCUCUACGGCUGCUCAGAAACUAAAGACAGUCAUGAAACUCUGCAAUUUCCUGUACGGGAGGAAGAAGCGGAUCAAGCUGGUGGUGGACAGGGAGUAUGAGACCAGUUCCACGGGGGAGGACAGUGCUCCGGAGCCCCAAAGGAACCGGCUGUCCAAUCUGACCAACCACAGCCACGUCAACGGCAGCGUGUACCUGGCACAGAACGGCUCGGUCAUACGCACCCGCCGGGCCGCCCACUCAAACAACAUAAAGGUCAACUCCCCAGUGCGCCUGGGCAAGCACUUUAAGAAACUAGACAAACUGGCGGUGACUCACGAGGAGAGACUGCCGCUCAACAGCCCCGUGGCGACCACGUCCUCGGCCGACAAGAACCUAAACACCCAGCCCUCCAGCGGCUCCCUGGCCUCCAGCACCACGGGAGCCGAGAGCAUUGCGUCCAAGUCCAACAUCGCCAAGGCCAGGAACGAGAGAACGUGGGACGCGGAAGAGCAGGAGUCAACAGUGGACAAUGAGGACGUGAGAGAACCUUUAGAAUCUCAGAGCGAUCGCACGUAUUCCGAUGAGGAGGAGCUAUGGAUGGGGCCCUGGAACAAUCUGCACAUACCAAUGACAAAACUGUGACUUUUGUAUUUUCACUUGUGACAAAAUGAACUUUUUAGUAUUGUCCCCAAUGACUUAAUUCAUGGCAUAAAUCUCAAUUGAAUUGCGCUUUAUUUCAGCAUUAUAUUUGCAUUUAUUUAUCAGUAACCCACUGGUUUCUUGUUAAGUGUUGCAAACGAAAGCAACAUCGCAAUUAAUUGGCUUCAUCUUAAAAAUGGUCUUCUCUCUAUUAAGCUACUGUACAUUCAUCCAAAAGUUUCUGCAACCAGUAAGCUAUUAGUUUUCCUUUAAAUACAGAAUACUAACCAUUUUGAGUUUACUUAGGAUAAAACAUGCUCUUUUCCCAAUAUUGUCACUUGUAGAAUGUUCUUUCCUAAGAGGAGUUUAUGAAAAUGUCUCGGCGACACAGAGGUGUCUUGAUCAGGGAUGCACUUGCUGUCCACGUAGGCCUUUUCCUGUGCCCCAAUCAUAAAAGUCACUCAGACCCGAAUACAGUGUUAUUUUUGUCAUUUUUAUACAGAUUGCUACAUUUUUGAGGGAUAUUUGAAAUACUAUCCUGUUUGCUGCAUACUGCAUAUUUGCCAUGUCUUGAAAUAACAAUUCUGGUUGUGGUCUGGUUUUGAAUCAAUAUUCGUAAUGGCCGUGUGAUGUUUAUAAGCACAUGAAAAACCAAUGCAGUAAUCUUUGUUCAAGUGCUGCCUUCACAAAUAUAUCAAAUAUGUCUUCAACCUAAUGAUGGAAACAGAAAUAAACAUUUCUCAUCAAACUGUU